AUGGUUACUCCAAGCACCUGCUGUGGCAAGAGUGGUGAAGGCUGCGUCUGCGCCAGCCAAGCCAAAUGCUCUUGUGGUGAGAAAUCAGCGCUUCAUUGCAGCUGCGACAAGUCUGCCACGGAGAACAAGAUCACUGGUCCUCGUUGCUCAUGCCGUGCUCGUCCCGCUGGCGAAUGUACCUGCGACAGAUCCAGCACUGAGAACAAGACUCCAAGCGGCAACUUGUGCUCCUGCGGUUCCCGUGAAGCUAGUGAGUUUAAUCCACAGGAUAUGGGACAAUCAAUCAUGCUGACGGUCAUAACAGCUGCGUGCACUUGCGAGAAAGCUACCGAUGGUGGACUUCUGCCGACAGAGACCGACUUCACUACCUCCUCAUAG